UGACGUAAGACGAUCCAAAACGCCAAAACCUCAGUGCUGUGUUGACUGUUGCUCUUUGUAUACAAAAUUACAAACCCGUUUGAUUCGAAGUUUCAAGCUCUCAAGAUAUGGAAAUCCGACUUCUCUCACACCUUCCUCUCUCCUCUGGCAUCCAGCACUGCUGCACCACCAAAGCCUCCGUCAAUCUCUUCCCCUCAUCGUCCGAUUCGCAUAAAUGGACGGUCAAAUGCUCUGCUGUCUCCCCGCCUCCAUUGGACCAAGCGGUGAGCUUCAAGGAAGCAGCGCGGCACGGGAAUUUGGUGCCACUGUAUAGGUCAAUAUUCUCUGAUCAACUAACACCUGUGCUGGCCUACAGGUGUUUGGUGAAGGAAGAUGACAGAGAAGCUCCCAGCUUCUUGUUCGAGUCCGUAAAUGUUGGACUGAAAGUUGAAAGUAACGGGCGGUAUAGUGUUAUUGGUGCUCAGCCAGCUAUGGAGAUUGUUGCAAAAGAAAACUCAGUGACAAUUAUGGACCACCGUGAAGGGAAAAGGACAGAGACAUUUGAAGAGGAUCCUAUGGUCAUUCCUCGUAGGAUUAUGGACAAAUGGAAACCUCAGCGGCUCGAUGAGCUUCCUGAGGCAUUUACUGGUGGCUGGGUUGGCUAUUUCUCGUAUGAUACAGUACGUUUUGUUGAGAAGAAGAAACUACCAUUCUCAAAUGGCCCUUUGGAUGACCGGUUUCUCCCUGAUCUUCACAUUGGCCUCUAUGAUGAUGUUGUUGUCUUGGAUCAUGUAGAGAAGAAAGCAUGUGCAAUACACUGGGUGCAGCUGGAUCGCUUUUCUUCAGUUGAGGAGGCCUUUAAUGAUGGCAUGGACCGGUUAGAAGCUUUGAUAUCAAAAGUGCACAAUAUAGUGACUCCUAGGUUAGCUGCAGGUUUAAUAAAAUUACAUACUAGCCAUUUUGGUUCAGCAAAGAUAUCAACCAUGACCAGUGAAGACUAUCAAAAUGCCGUUUUGAAAGCUAAGGAGCACAUUCUAGAUGGGAAUAUUUUCCAAAUAGUUCUCAGUCAACGUUUUGAAAGGAGAACAUUUGCAGAUCCAUUUGAGAUAUAUAGGGCAUUGAGAAUUGUUAAUCCAAGUCCAUAUAUGGCUUAUUUACAGGCUAGGGGGUGUAUACUUGUUGCUUCAAGCCCUGAGAUUCUUACUAGAGUUAAGAAGGGAAAAAUCACUAAUCGCCCACUAGCAGGGACUGUUAGGAGAGGGCUGACAUCUCGAGAAGAUUACAUGCUGGAAAAUCAACUUCUGCAUAACAAAAAGCAGUGUGCAGAGCACAUCAUGCUGGUUGACAUGGCAAGAAAUGAUGUGGGAAAGGUUUCUAAAAUUGGUUCAGUGGAAGUUGAGAAACUCAUGAACAUUGAACGUUUUUCCCAUGUCAUGCACAUCAGUUCCACGGUUACUGGAGAGCAACUUGACCAUUUAAGUAGCUGGGAUGCUUUGCGUGCUGCAUUGCCAGUAGGAACUGUCAGUGGAGCCCCAAAGGUGAAGGCCAUGGAAUUAAUUGAUGAGCUUGAAGUGACAAGGCGUGGACCAUAUGGUGGUGGAUUUGGAGGAAUUUCCUUUUCUGGGGACAUGGACAUAGCCUUGGCAUUGAGAACCAUUGUUUUUCCAACUGCAAUGCGUCAUGAUACCAUGUACUCCUACAAGGAUGAGAACAAACGAAGAGAGUGGAUUGCUCAUAUCCAAGCCGGAGCGGGUAUUGUAGCUGAUAGUAAUCCUCUUGAUGAACAGAGAGAGUGUGAAAACAAGGCUGCAGCUCUUGUCCGUGCCAUUGAUCUUGCUGAAUCAUCAUUUAUUGAGUAG